AUGAAUAAUCAUUCUAUUCCUAUUCCAAUUCCGUGCCUCCACGACAGCAGACAAGAAGGUGGAGGAAGAGGUGCUCCAUAUUCGCAACAACCACCCUAUGGGGUUCCACAUGGAAUAGCUGGUGGUUAUCAACAAAAUACGUCAACACCAUACGGUGGUAAUCAAGGUGGAUUCGAAGGUCCUAGUAAUCCAUACAAUCAAGGAGGAUAUCCUUCUUAUGGCCAAAGCGGUAACUAUGGUCCUGGAGGAACUGGAUAUCCUCCACCACAAACUAGUGGCUAUGGACCUAGUUCUGGUAAUUUCAUGCCAAAUGACCAACGUACACAAAGAUUGAAUCAAGUUACUCAACAAUAUGAAAUCAAUCAACAAUUUGCUGCACGUCUAUAUGCACUUGGAAAUUGUGAAGUUGUUGUUUUAUGUGAUGAUUCAGGUAGUAUGAAUACACCAAUUCAAGGUACGAAUCAAACACGAUGGGAUGAAUUAAAAUCUCUUGUUAACAUUGUUGUUGACAUCUGUUCUGUUAUGGAUUCAAAUGGUAUUGAUAUUUAUUUCUUAAAUCGAGAUCCUAUGCUUAAUGUAACUGAUGCACGUUAUGUUCGUCAAGUAUUUAAUGCGCCUCCACAAGGUUUAACACCACUUGUACCAGCAUUACGAAGAGUUCUUGCAGCUAAACGUAAUCAACCAUAUGAAAAGAAAUUAUUAAUUCUUAUUGCUACUGAUGGAGCACCAACUAAUGAAUAUGGUCAACUUGAUGUUGGUGCAUUAGAAGCUGUUUUACGUCAUGAACGUACACCACAAACUUAUGUUACAUUUUUAGCAUGUACAGAUGAUCUUCAAACAGUAAGUUAUUUAUCAAAUUGGGAUAGAGUGAUACCAAAUUUGGAUGUUAUGGAUGAUUAUCGUUCGGAACGUGCUGAAAUUCAACGAACACGUGGAGGAAAUUUUCCAUUUUCAUUUGGUGAUUAUAUUGUUAAAUCUUUAUUGGGUUCUAUUGAUUCUUGGUUCGAUUCAUUAGAUGAUCGUGCUUAG